CCUACAAUUUCUAUGUUACAGCAGUUUUUCUAUAGGCAAUUGUGGCAAAUAAAAAAAUGACAGAAAAACGUACCUUCGCAGCUGCUGAUUAUGUAGUGUUUGGACUAAUGUUGGGAAUAUCCGCACUUAUUGGGAUAUUUUAUGCAAUCAAGGAUCGCCGAUCGAAAGCAGGAACGGAGGGUUAUCUCAUGGCUGGCAGGUCAAUGCACUAUAUUCCCGUCGCUUUAUCGUUGACUGUAAGUUUCAUGUCUGCCAUCACUGUACUUGGAACACCAGCUGAAGUAUAUAUAUAUGGAACGAUGUAUUGGUGGUUCGUUCUUGUAUUUCUUGUGGUUGCAAUAAUCACAUCUCAGCUGUAUAUUCCAACAUUUUAUCGACUUGGAAUUUCAAGCACAUAUGAGUAUCUUGAACGAAGAUUCAACAGAGCUGUAAGAUUGCUUGGAACAGUAACGUACAUUGUUCAAAACAUUAUGUAUAUUGGGAUCGUAAUAUACGCACCUGCACUUGCUUUGAAUGAAGUUACCGGAUUCGAUCUAUGGCUGGCUGUGAUGUCAACGGGGAUUGUCUGCACAUUCUACACUACAUUGGGUGGUUUAAAAGCUGUGAUAUGGACAGAUGUGUUUCAAGGCACCAUUAUGUGUGCAGGAUUUUUAGCAGUUAUUAUUCGAGGAAGCAUAAUCGAAGGAGGAUUCGAUGUUAUUUGGGAAAAGUGUUACAACGCUGGAAGAGUUGAUUUUAUUCAGUUUGAAGGAGAUUACAGGAUCAGACACACAUUUUGGAGUAUUUUUUGUGGUGGCACAAUCACGUGGUUAGGUGUGUACGCGGUCAGCCAAUCACAAGUUCAAAGAUAUUUAUGUUGUAGAUCUGCCCGACAAGGAAGCUACGCUUUAUUCCUCAAUGUAUUCGGGUUGUUCGUCAUCAUAAGUUUAGCAUGUAUGUGCGGAAUGGUGAUGUAUGCUUUCUACAGCGAUUGUGAUCCACUGGGACAAGGCUGUGUUUCUGCCUCUGAUCAGUUACUUCCAUAUCUCGUGAUGGAUAUUCUGCAAGAUUUUCCCGGAAUUCCUGGACUGUUUGUAUCAUGUGUCUUUUCAGGAAGUUUGAGCACUGUAUCAUCAGGAAUCAACGCAAUGGCUACAGUUACUAUUGAAGAUUUCAUCAAACCCGUGACAAAAUGGAAACCAAAUACUUAUACAUGGACAUCUAAAGGCCUGGUCCUUCUUUACGGUGGCUUGUGCAUUGGAAUGGCGGCUCUCGCAUCAACUUUAGGUGAAGUACUUCAAGCAGCUCUCAGCAUUCUUGGAUUGGUGGGAGGUCCUCUCGUUGGACUUUUUACGUUGGGAUUAAUCUUUCCGUUCGCAAAUUCUAUAGGUGCUUUUGUCGGUUUACUGUUCGGACUUUUUUGUUCUUCGUGGGUUUACAUUGGUAGCAGAUCAUAUCCACCUGCACCCGAGUAUACUAGAAAAUUGCCUUUUGACAACAGUGGAUGCGCCCCGGUAUGCUAUUGGCAGGAACUGCCUAAUGCAACUACCGCUUCUUAUGACGUCACUCAAACAAUGACGUAUACGAAUGCUACAACUGCUGCUAAUGAGGAAUAUCCUCCGAUUGCUGAUUUCUAUGCAAUGUCGUAUCUAUAUUUGAGUACGUUUGGAAUGCUGGGAACAAUAGUUGUUGGACUAAUUUUAAGUUUAUUAACAUGUGGAUGGAGAGAUCGCAAAAACGUCGAUCCAAAUCUACUAGCCCCGUUUUUUGAUAACUGGAUAUUUAAAUGGAUUCCAGAAAAAUUCCGUUACAUUUUGAGAUGCUGUGUAAAGGAACGAGACGACGACUACCACGAAAAAGUCCAAAGUAUGGCAACAAUGGCAACUUUUGCAGAGAUUUCGCCUUUGGUGGCAUCCGAGAGUGAUGCUCGAAGUAGUCAGAACGGACUUUCUGCAAUUUCACUCAAAGUAAAAUACGAUCACAGUGAAUAUCCAGAAAAGAGAGAACCGACAGAAAAGGAAAUUGACGAUGACUUUUUAGUGAUGAAUUAAUGCAGAAAGUAUCAGCAAGAGAAAAAAUGUGUCACUGCUACAUCACCACUAUUUGUUUUAUUAUUUCACUCAUAUAACACUCGUUUACGCGAAACGUGGCAGUAUUGGCGUAAUAUUUGAUUUGAUCGCCCAUUAUGGAAUCGUGGCACAUUAAAUAAAAAUCUAGAAAACACCAAAGUUGAGCUAAAACAUUGUUGUAUGUUUUAGCGGGUCAUAAUUUAUCGAAGUUGUGGAUUCUCUUUCCCAAAAUACCCUUGUAAAUACUACUUAUAUUUUGUAGAAGCUUCAUUUGGUGUUUGGUAUUUUCAAAAGUGGGAUUUUAACCAAGCUAUUUGUAUAUUUGCUACGACACACCCAUGAUCUUCAUCUGAACUCGAAGGCAUAAACCUCACGGCUGCAGUAAGAGGUUUUGUGUAGUUUCCGCGCAAGAAGCGUAUCAAAUUGCUCGUGUUUUGUUGAAUGAAACUUCAGAAAAUCAAUACCAUUGUUGCUUUUUUAUUCCCCCUUUUUACAAAGAAGGGUGGCUCAUGGUUUACACAAAUAUAUAUUCCUACAUAUCAUUCAUGACUAAAAUAAGAUGUUAUUGAAACAUUGGAAUAUUAAUCAUAUGACGUUAAAAUAUGAACUUUGAUGGUUAAUCAGGGAUUGAAUCAAAAUUGAAAUAGAAUCAAUUGAAAAGUUGUAUUUUGAUCUAAUUUUUGUUGAUGUUAAUGUAGGUGCUAGUGAUUUAGUUCUUGUUUUAUUGCUUCAUGUUAUGUGUUUGAGCAAAGCAACAAAAUAAAAAAUAUUGCGGGUUUUUA